GGAAGCCGCCGAGACACCAGAUCCGGAUGCGAAUAACGAGGACGCAUUGAGAAUAUGCAGGAUAUUGAUAUGGACUCAUCAUCUUUUGUCGCUUGAGAAAAGAAAAAACGUUUGCAAGUGGGCCGAAGAAUUAGGAAUUUGGGGGUAUUCAAAGCCUGGAUACCCUGGAAUUAUAAUAGCCGAAGGAUUGCACGUCAAUGUUCAAGAAUAUAUCUCAAGAUUGAAGAAGUUGAAUUGGCAAGCGAUCACCGUUCGUUCAGAGGAAGCAGAGACGAUCGAGAACGCAUCUUUACAAAAUUAUGGCGAAUACGUGAAAUUAAGGUUGGGACGCGACGAACCUGGGAUUUCGGAGAUUGAAAGUAUGUCUGAAAUUUCGUCAAGAUGUUGUAACGAAUUGACAGAAAUACCGGCAGAAAUUGGAUACAUGAAAAAUCUGCAAACACUCGACGUUUCCGAGAAUCAGUUAGAAUGCAUUCCGGAUACCAUUGGAUUUCUGCAUAAACUUACCGACCUGAAGCUAUCAAAGAAUCAAUUAACAACGAUACCAUCGUCUAUUGGAUCGCUCAAGAAAUUAGGUACACUACUACUAAACAAUAAUAAAAUUACCGAGCUACCACCCGAAAUUGGUCAAAUCAAAACGCUUGUAAAUUUGGACAUUCGUGAAAAUCCCAUCACUGUUCUACCCGCCGAACUCGGAAGACUCCAAUAUCUUAGAAAAUUAUUGACUGAUGGGUGUCCACUUGUAACAGAAUUUGUGCAUCAAAUUACACAUUCACCACCCACCCUCAUGGAACUUGCGGCUCGCACGAUUGUUAGACUUCAGGUUCCGAUAUUGGAAGAUACAACAGAUCAUAUCAAGGAUUAUCUCGCCAGUGCCAAAAAGUGCAGCUUUUGUGGCGGUCCAUACUUCGAGAGUUAUGUGAAACGGGGAAAAAUUAUUGAUAAGAAUGAUAAUCCCAUCCCCCUCGAAUAUCGUUUGUGUUGUCCGCAUUGGAAUACUGAACAAGAACGUGUUAGCUUGCUUUUCUGCGCCUUACCAGACACAGCGCCCAGCCCUGAGCCAUAUAAACAUCAACGUCACCAAGUCGCAAACGAAAAACCAUAUGAUGGAAACGCAUCGUUCACUCACCAGACCACCAUCGUUGCCAAGUUUGCCUAG